CACCCAACUCCGACACUCCGACAACGCAAGAACCGCAUCACCAACUCCUCUCUCCAUCACAACGUCCGAAGAUGUUGUUCUUCAGCUUCUUCAAGACCCUCAUCGACCACGAGGUCACAGUCGAGCUUAAGAACGACAUUCAGAUUCGCGGCACUCUCAAGAGUGUAGACCAGUAUCUCAACAUCAGGUUGGAUGAAAUAUCUGUCGUCGAGGAGCUCAAGUACCCGCACAUGAGCUCUGUAAAGAACGUCUUCAUCCGUGGCUCCGUGGUUCGCUACGUUCAUCUCCCCGCCGGUUCUGUUGACGUGCCGCUCCUUGAGGACGCCACCCGGAGAGCAAGCCAAGGCGAAAUGAGGAAAAUCCUUAACCGUUUAACUUAGUGCCCGAGAUUUUUCUAUUAGCUAGCCAUUUGCACUCGC